CACACGGCGCAGAAGAGAGUGAACUCCGGUGGCGCAUCCACAACCCCCUGUGACCAUUCAAAAAACUCGGCUUUGUACAAGUGCAAGUCACGCACACGGAUGUACGGACGUUCAAUCAGUCAGGAUACUUUGUACAAACAACCUGAACGCUUUACAUUGAGAAGUUGAAGAAAAUACCUUCCUAUGGAGUGAGGUGCUGCUGCUGUAAUGGAGCUCAGCAGGGGAGAGGUGCCACUUUACGGUCAGGUGGAGGUCUGUGUGAAACUGCCGGUGUCUGAGUUUGUUCAGGAGGAAACGGACUACUAUGUGGUGCUUGUGGGCUCAACCCUUCACCAUGUUACCGCAGCUCACAGGACUGAGGAUCACAAGUCCAUUAGGUUCACUGUGCCUGGUCACAUUUUUCCAGAAAAAUUAUCCGUGGAGGUCUACCACUGCACAAGGGAUAGCAAAAGUCCCAUCAGCCCUUUCUGCCAUUCAGGAAAGCUCUCUUUGCAGUACGUUCGGGAUGAGGUGCAAGAAGUGGCGGAGCAGCUGAUGAACUUUGAAGCCUUGACAUCCAGCAGCCAUCAGGACAUCCUAAAGAAAUUAUGCCCAAAGAAAAAGGUUUUCUCUGAGAAAAACCAUAUAGAACAGACUGGCCAGCAUGGAACAGAUGGUGUUUGUGAUCCGCAAGGGGGAUUGCUUCAGUUAGAGAGCCUUGCAGAGACAGAACAAGGGCUCAAUGUUUGCGAACAGGGGAAUUUAAGCCAGAGGGAAGUUUCAGGAACGGAGGAGUUUAAUCCAGAGCAACACAGUUCUGUUGAUGAAAAAGUCACACAGGCCUUGGCUAACUUGCACUUUUUGGGAUGGGACAGCCAGGCUGAACAGGAGAAGCAAGUUCUUCUUCCCAUGGAAACUCCUCUACAUGUGGCCAUGCGUUUGGGCUUCCCCCACCUCACUCACUUCCUUCUCCAAGAGUUUGACGGUCAGAUGAUGAUUUCCAUUGCCAAUGAGGAAGGACAUACUCCUGUAGUGCUGGCUGAGAAACACGGAGACCCGACGCUCAUCACUGCUUUAACACACUCCUCCAGUGGCAGUGCACUGAGGCCAGUGUGGAUGUGUCAGAUAUGGACUGACGGCUCUCAGCAGCUCAGAAUCUGCCCCGUCACCGACUCCAUUAGUCUGACUGUCAGACACCAGACUCUGAUAGAUGUAGAAAACAGCAUCCAGCUAUACAGAGAGAAGAGCAAAGAGCCGGAUAUACUCACACGGGUGCGGCGACUGAGUGAGCUGUCUGAGGGCAGCGUGCACAGAUCUGAUGAAUGUGAUGCCGACCUGAACAACUCUCUCAAAAUCGAGGACCAGACAUUGGUUGAUAGUGUCUUUGAAGAACAGCUUGUGCUCUGUCUGGAUGAGGAGGAUGAAGAUCUAAGCAUGUUUAAUUCAGAGAAGCAGUGUUCGUCUCCGGGCUCCUGCACUCCGUUUCACCUUCAUUCCUCAGCCGCUGCAGCCGUCAGGCUCACUGCCAUGCUCAAAGGCUCCACUAAGGACAGUGAGCUGAAUAUGAAGUACGCUGUUCCAGGUGCCACAGAGGACAGCUCUGGGACGGAUAGUGGCGUGUGGCGGAUGUCAGAUACGGGGGUCUCGUCACCAGGGACAAUAGAUAUAUCUCCAGCUGUUAAAGAUGAUGAAGGGCAAAGAGGACGACAUCUCGCUUCUCGGUCUUUUUCUCCCACCUCUCCAGCAGGACUGAUGCUGGAUAGGUUCAUGCGGGCCACGCGAACCACUGAACUGACCUACAACAGCUCAAGCUCACCCACAGAAUCAUGUGACCUCAGAAGUCCAAUCCUCUCUCUAAGCCCGAGUCUGGUGGCCUUGGAAAUGGACAGCGAGGAGGAUGACGAUGAUGACCUUUUAAUGAAGAAACCCCUCCCACAACUGCAACCAGAUCCCAAAGACAGCACAGAUGAGCAGGUUAUGUCCAGCCCCGCGCCUGAACUCAUUUGCACUCGCUCUCACUCCGCCUCCUCUGCCUGUAACCCCGCCCCUGCAAAGGAUGUUGAGCAGGGUGUCCGACUCCGUUCCUAUUCCUACACCUCCCCCAAAAUCAGCCUUCUGCCUCCUCGUUUCAGCCGAGACGCCCAUCCUCCACCCGCCGACCUCAGCCAGGAUGGCGUUCUCUCCAGCAGCAGUAGCAGCAGGUCUCUUCUACACGCCCUGUCUCUGUCUAAAUCUCUGUCUCUGCUCAACCCUGUUAAGCAUCGCUCUUCCAGCACAUCAGAGCAGCCUCAAGAGAAAAGGGAGAUAAGGUUUCGCAGGCGAGCUCAGUCGGCUGAUGAUGAGAGCAGUGCAGAGCUGGCCGACUCGCUCCAACAUCUCACGCUCUCCGAGUUCCUCAAAGAGAUUGAGGAAGAGGAAUGGGAUAAAUAUAUCAUCCCUUCCAAAACAGAGUCAGAGAAGUACAAAGUCAGCCGCACGUUCAGCUUCAUAAAGAGCCGAAUGUAUAGCACUCGCAACAAAAACAAGGGGAAAGGAAAAGAGAGAGAGACCAAAGACAAGCAGGUCAACGGACACCAGUUCACAGCGGGAUCUGUCCUGGGGUCAACACUCUGUGAGAUCUGCACCAAGCCAGCUUCAGGGAAAGAGGUUCUCCAUUGCAUGUACUGUGCGGUGAGUGUCCAUAAGGGCUGUAAGGACUCAUCUACGCCAUGCCUGAAGAAACCUCAAGACAAAUAUUCUGUGAUGACAGUUAAAAGCAAGACAGCCUCCCUCCCUCAAAAUUUUACAGUGCGUGAGAAUUCCUCAUCGUCCUCUCAGAUCUCUACCUCUGCUUCUCUUCCUGUGAUGACAUCACGAGACUCGGCUCCUCUUUCUUGUCCUCUGUCCAGAAGUGUGCCCAUAACCACGGAAAGGCUUAGCGAGAGCCCAGAAGCUGAUAGUGAUUCUCCUCUUUGGAGGAACCACAUCCAAUCAGAGGAGAUCCUCCAAACCAUGGAGUCCUCAACAUCCACAGACUCGUCCAUCAUUGAAGACUCGGUGGAUUCCCCUCUACAGAUUGAGCUGCUGAUGAAUGCUGUUGAUUUGGAGGCCGAGUCAUGGAGUUUAGCUGUGGAGGCCCAGUUCUGUAGGAUGCAAGAAAAACGCAUCAUCAAGAGACAGGAUGUGAUUUACGAGUUCAUGCAGACCGAGCUCCAUCAUGUGCAGACACUCAUGGUGAUGGCAGAGGUCUUCAGGAGGGGAAUGCGGGAUGAAGUGGGUCUGGAUGCAGAGACCAUUGGCCGGAUUUUUCCUUGCUUAGAUGAGCUGCUUCUCCUCCAUCGUGAUUUCCUGUCAGCGAUGAGGGAACGACGGCAAAGCUGCGUCCAGAACAACAGCAGCAAAAACUUCCUCAUCCACCGUGUGGGUGAUAUUUUUCUGCAACAGUUCUCCCAGGAGAAUGCAGAGAAGAUGAAGCAGGUGUAUGGAGAGUUUUGCAGUCAUCACACAGAAGCGGUCAGUUACUUCAAAGAGCUUCAGCAGCAGAACAAGAGAUUUCAGCUCUUCAUCAAACAACAGAGUAGCAACUCGCUGGUGAAGAGGCGAGAGAUCCCAGCAUGUAUUUUGUUAGUGACGCAGCGAAUUACAAAAUACCCCGUCCUCCUAGAGAGAAUACUGCAGUACACCGAGGAUGGCACAGAAGAGCACUCGGACCUCUCUCGAGCUCUAGUCCUGAUUCGAGAGCUGAUUUCCGCUGUGGACCAGUACGUGAGUCAGUAUGAGCAGAACCAGAAGCUGAGUGAAGUCUUGGGCCGCAUGGAGAACAAAUGCUCCACCAAACUGAAGACCGGCUGCACUUUCCGCAAGCAGGACAUCACCAGCGGCAGGGCUCUGCUGCACCAGGGCCCGCUGCUCUGGAAGACGGCCACAGGAAGGCUGAAAGAUGUUCUGGCGUUUUUGCUCUCUGAUUCACUGGUGUUCCUUCAGGAGAAAGAUCAGAAAUACAUUUUUGCUACUGUGGACCAGAAGCCUCCAGUGAUCUCUCUGCAGAAACUAAUUGUGCGUGAGGUGGCCAAUGAAGAGAGAGGCAUGUUUCUGAUCAGCGCAUCUUCAGCCGGGCCUGAGAUGUACGAGGUGCACGCAGCCUCUAAAGAUGAACGCAACGCCUGGAUGAGACUCAUCAGAGAGGCCGUGGAGAAUUGCCCUGAAGAGGAGGAUGAAACUACAAGUGAGUCAGAAGAGGAAAGGAGAGUCACAGAAGCAAAGGUCCAAAAGAUCCACCGGCUGCAAGAGACACUAUGUGGCCAUGAUCACCUCAUCUGUUCCAAUCUGGAGGAGAAGCUGCACAUCUAUGCCGAGCUGUCAGUGAUGGCAGGCCAGCGAGAGGCAGGACCAGAGCCCAGGCUGCUGGUACGACCCAGCACUGAAGACGUUCCCCAGGCUGGAGUACUGCUCAGCGCCGCACUCAGAGAGGCGGAGAGCCUAAGAGCUGCUCUCUCCUCUCAUUGUGCUUCCACUCCUCCCGUCCCGUCUGGUCCAGAAGAUCUGAGCAAACCUGAACCCUGCACUCCUCCAUCCCCUCUGCCUCCUGAAAAUCCACUGACAGACCCCAUCCCGAGUGAGGAGGAGGAGUGGAGAACUGAGGAAGGCUCGGAAACACAGACCUUUAAUCACAACUCGGACUCUGACCACAACCUACAGCUGAAGGUGAGUCAGAGUGUGCAGAGCUUGACUCAGCUGCUGUACAGUCUACAGGCUGCAGUUACCAUCCAAGACAGUUGCUAUGAAGUGCAGAGGCUCCUCCUCCUGUUGUCAAGCCCCACCCCUCACCCACAGUCCCGCCCACUGUCCAUCACCCGCAGCGGGCAGGCUCUGCAGGAGCAGGAGCGCCAGCGGGAGGCCGAGCGCCGUCGGGAGGAGCUAGCGGAUGUGGCCCGUCUGCGGGGAACCCUGGUACGAGAGCGCCAGCAGUGGGAGAGGGAGUGCCAGGCGCGGCAACUUCAGCACUCAGAACUGGAGACCACACUCGAGCAGAGGGAGCUUUUGUGCCACCUAGAGGAGCGGAGGCUGCAGAGCGAGCGGCAGGAGCUCCAAGAACAGUUACAGGAGUACCAACAGAGUCUGGAGAGACUCAGAGAAGGCCAGAGGAACGUGGAAAAGGAGAAGGAGAAACUGGAGACUCAGAAGAUCCUGCUGGAGGGCUUGAAGCAUGGGUGCCAGCAGAACCUGCCAGCUAUGGUCAUACCACUGGACGGACAGCAGACACAGGAUCACCUGGGCAUUCAGGACGAGCAUGGCUCUAUUUUUGUGAAUGAGGCAGCGUUCAUAUCUUCCUCUGUAAAUAACAGGCACCUCCACCUUCAGCAUCAUCCACAGCAUCAUCAUCAGACUGUCCAUGUGCACUCAGGAUCUAUAGGAUACUCAGAUUCUCCCAGCGCUCAGAACAGUCUUAAUUCACUGCUUGCCCUAUCCAACCACAGACCCAGCUCUGCUGGAGCAUCCGACCACAGCUGGACCUCUCUGAGGAGUCUGACAGAGCGCGCAAACAACAAUGUGGGUCAGAUCAGCCAUGUUGAAGAGUCUUGGUCGGCAGGUGUAACAGGAGCGGGCCUCCAUCAAACCGACGUCCUGCUCGUCAGCCAGCCCUUCCUAAGCAUGGAGACAGAAAACAGAGAUACUGAUGGAGAGGAGACCAUCGUGUAUCUUUGAAAUCAACAAACAAGCUUCAUCGCUGUUCAAACAAAAGCUCUUUGAUCUGCAGUUUGAGGAUCUGAUCCCACUUUUUUUUUUCAUUGGAUUUUUGUCUUCAAUCCGAGCAUACUUUUGGCCUUCUGUGACAUUCUCCAGACUUCAACAUAGCACUUUCUUUGGUACGUGUUUGAGAUGGGGCUUGAGUUUUGUUUUAUAGCCCGGAGCCUCCAGUGACCGAAUCAGUUCAGGCAGUUUCAGCUCACGUUUAGUCACAUACACGCACACAAAAUAAAAAUCCCCCACCCACAUUUCCGCAGAGUGUAUUUUCCUCCAACUGUUCAUGUCAUUUUACAUCAGGACAUAAAACUACUGACCCUUUCUUACAGGAGCUAAUCGACGGCUUGGUUUAAAGAAGCAUUCGCCGCCUACUGUGUGAGUCAGGGUUAUGUAUGCAUGUGUGUAUGUGCGUGUUAGUAUAACGAGGCACAUUUUCACCUUUUUCAAAGUCAGUUUCUCACAUUUAAAAACCGCUUUCAAAUGUCUGUAAGGAAAUGAAUGUGGAAAAUGAGUCCUGCCUUGCUCUUUUGAGAGUGUUCCUUGUUCUUUGGUGCACUUGAGCUUUUGUCUAUAAGGUCAAAUUAAAGGGACAGUUCACCUAAAACUAAAACAUUAUCAUUUACUCACUCUUUUUCCAAACCUGUUUGUCUUUUGUUUUUCUGAUUAACACAAAAGAAGGUAUUUUGAAGAAUGCUGGAAACCUGAAACCAUUGACUUCCAUUGUGUUUGUUUUUCCUACUAUGGAAGUAAAUGGUUACAUGUUUUCAGCAUUUUUCUUUAAUAUCCUAUUUUGUGUUCAUUUAAAGGUUUGGAAUUCACUUGAAGGAGAGUAAAUAGCGAGUACAUUUUCAGUUUUGGGUGAACCAUCCCUUUAAAUUCGUCAUUCUUGACAUCUUGAUACUUCAGGUCAGUAUGUUGGCAUAUCAGCUUGAAGUCUUUAUGCAUUAUGCAUCGUUUGUUAAAUGUAGAUCAACAUCAUUAUAAUCUUUGCUCUUACAUACAGUUGCAAAAAAGCAUAAGUUAAGGCCUGCUGUCAUUUCAGUCACACUUUAAAGAACAUUCAAGCCAUGAUUGUUAUAAAAAAAGACUAAGGACCAGUACGAGGAGUUAAUAUGUUACUUGAGUUAAAUUGACAAGAAUUUAAUGCGUGUUUCCAUUCUUUUGUAAUGGCUUCUCAUAUUGUGUGUUUUGUCUCUUCUUAUGCAUAGACCUUAUUUAUUGUUGAUAUUUUUAAGGAAUAAUUUGUAUGUACAUAGAGCAUGUUUUGUAUAAUUGUAUGUAGACCUGUGUAUCAGAUGUUAUAAAUGUAGUAAAUGUUCAUACAUCAGCUAUUGUGUUUUUCUCCUUGUUGGA